AUGCCUCAUUCCAAGUUUUCACCUGAAUCAAUUCCUGAUCUUGCAGGGCGAGUCUAUAUUGUUACCGGCGGCAAUGCCGGCAUUGGUAAGGAGACUGUGAUUGGCUUGGCAGCCCGUGGUGCCAAAGUGUAUAUGGGCGCGCGCAGCAAGGAUAAGGCGAUGGCGGCUAUUCACGAAAUACAAGAACAGCUACCAUCUGCGAAUAUUCUUUUUCUUGACCUCGACCUAUCCAAUUUCCAGAGUGUCAUCGCGGCUGCGAAGAAGAUACGCGAAGAUGAACCCGCAUUGCAUGGACUUAUCAACAAUGCUGGCAUUAUGGGCGUGCCUUACUCUCUGACCGUCGAUGGAUAUGAGGCUCAAUGGCAGACCAAUUACUUGUCCCAUUGGUUGCUCACCCAUCAUCUGAUGCCACUUCUUCAAUCUACCGCUCAGUCGAAGCCUGAAGGAACUGUCCGCUUGGUCAACUUGACAUCGGACGGACACGCAAGGUUUACGCCUCCGAGCGGAAUUCGGUUCGAAGACACUGGAUUAGAGAAGGAAAAUUCCAUGAUGAGAUAUGGCCAGAGCAAACUGGCAAAUGUCUUGCAUACAGUGCAGCUGAACAAACGAUACGGCCCUGUUUCUGCGGAAUCUGGCGAUGCAGCGAUUUGGUUUUCAGCAGUGCAUCCCGGCCACAUUAACACCGAUCUGAAUAAACAAGCCACGGGGACUGCACCUGCACCCAUCUUGCGAAUUGCUACUCCCAUCAUGAGCUGCCUCGGGAUCCUUGAUAAGCAAGAGAAGGGCGCCUGGUCCUCGCUCUUUGCCAUCGCCAGCAGCGACUUCAAGAAGUCGGAUUCGGGGGCCUAUGUCGUGCCAUAUGCAAAGAUCGGGACACCGAGUGAGCAGGCUCGAGACGCGAAGUUGGCUGAGAAGCUGUGGCAGUGGACUGAGUCGGAGCUUGGCGGCAAGGAGAAGCUCGAUAAUAUGCCCCAAGAUGCUCCCAUCCGAAAGGGGAGGAGGAGAGUGAAGACGGGGUGUCAGACUUGCAAGAAGCGGCGUGUCAAGUGUGAUGAGGGGAGACCGGCCUGCUACAGAUGUGUCUCGACUGGUCGGGUCUGUGACGGGUACGGCAUAUGGGGGGGCGGAGGGAAUGCCUGCGGAAGCUCUGUCAAGGUUCCGUUUGUUUCCUCUUCCUCUCUAGUCCGCAGGAAUCAGAUGCAGCCCCUGCGGAACAUUGUCGUCAUGUCGCAGACACGCGCGAUCGCGGGUAAGCCCGCAAGUCUCGGGUUUGAGUACUUUCGGAGAUAUACCACCACUAAGCUUCCCGGUCUGUUCGAAUCGGGCUUCUGGGAUUGUUUAGUGCUGCAAGCAAGCGAACAGGAGCCGGCUGUCCUGCAUGCGGUCACGGCCUUGGGGGCGGCUCACAAGAAUGAGGAGCGCAUCUCACUGACCGAAUACAACGAAGCCAUCCGGCACUUGCGACGGAGUCUCCAUCGUUCAGACAAAGAGGCUCUCCGGGUGUGCCUCAUCACUUGUAUGCUAUUUGUAUGCAUUGAGCUGUUGAGAGGGGGCUUCAAAGCAGGCCAUGCACACCUGACCAAUGGCCUCCGUAUACUUCGUGAGAUCCAGCAGCGCGAGGGAGUCGCCUCUGACGGAGAUAUUAUUCUGCGAUCACAAGCAGUAUCGGUCGAGGAUACUCUUGUCGAAGUCUUCUCACGGCUCAAUGUGCAAGUUGCGCUUUUUGGCCAAGUCUCUUCAUACUUGCUUUUUGUGGGAGAUAGUGCAGAGUCACCGAGAACGUACGAUAUUCCCCAGACGUUCUCAUCUCUCCUCGAAGCACGGAAGUAUAUGGAUGCCCUGAUCAACGGAUCGCAUAUCCUAGGGGAACAGGCAAGUCAGCUGAUUCUGGGCGGACAAUUUAUCCCGGAAAGGCUUUACGAGGACCAAGGACGCCUGGAGGCGGCCUUGAUGAGAUGGCUUCGUGCUUUGGACUUCAGCCACGAAAAGUUGACCAGUCGAGCGGACUUUCGCACCAAAUUUGCCAUACCUAUGUUGCUUCUAUAUCACACUAUGACGAGAAUCAUGGCCGCCACUGCCCUGCGUGGGACAGACGAAAUGAUAUACGACCGAUAUCUGCCGGAUUUCUCCCUCCUGAUCAAGCAGUCGGCUGACCUGUGGGACUUGAUGCGUACCGCAAUGAAGAAAUCUUUUGGUUUGAGAGGCACUAGCAGACCAGACAUCAACUUCACCAUCGACAUGGGUUUCAUACCGCCAUUAUAUUACGCGCUGGCUAAAUGCCGCCAGCCAAACCUUCGCAGGAUGAUCCUCGAGUUGCUGAAAGAAGUUCCGCAUCGUGAAGGUGCCUGGGAUGGAUUCACAGUUAUUAACAUGGGCGAUCUGUUGAUUGAGAUAGAAGAGGAGGGCAUGUAUGAAGGGAUUGAGAUCAAGCCGAGCUGCUACUUGCCAGACCCGUCGGUAGCGGAAAUAUUGCCAACCAUCCCAGCAUCCCAGCGCUUCAACAAUGUCAAUGUAGCGCUACCUGAUUUCGAGAGCGGCAAGGCUACUUUAUUUGGUAGGCGGUACAGAGGAAAUAACCAGUGGGAGUCGAAAAUUGUGCAGUUUGACUCUGCAUUCAGGAAACUCAAUCCUAUUGCGUGGGAUUGUAUUCAGAAUUCUUGCGUGGGAAUGUAUUGA